UGAGAGAAAGUGCUCGCAUUUGACGGAUACAAAAGUCCUGUCCUGAAUUCCCUUCAAACCCAACUUGAGCGAAUCGCUCUACUCUGAGGAUCUCAGUUAAGGAGGAGUUUGUGACUGCUGUAGCUCCCACCUGUUUUUUCCUCAACGUUGGGGUUAAAGAGACCUUUCUCGUGCAAAGUUUGGUCUCUUGGCCGAGUAAACACUUUCUGGGAAAUGAGCCAAACUAACCGACAGUUAUCUCAGAGCAAAAUUUAUUCAAGUGGGGAGAAAAGAAAGACAGGUGACGUUGUGUGCGCUCCCAGCAUGGCGCUAAAAACUGAAGAAAGUCGGGUCUAUUUUACUAAAAACUCAACAGAAAACGGUGUCGGUGGGCUGAUAGAACCAGACAGUACGGACGCAAACAUUUACGGCUCCGGACACAUUAGUCCGCUAGCCUGUGACAUGGAAAAACCCUGCUGCCAGACAGCUGCUGCUCCUCAUGAGGAGUUGUUAAACGCUGACUGCCGUGUGGGCGACAGUCGCUCUUUUUCUGCCUGCGCCACAAUCUCGGAAACAACCAGGGAGCUGUGCAAAGCUGUGUCCGUGUCGCUGGGACUGAGCGACAUGGACGUUGCUCUGCCCCCGCGUGCCGCAAAUGACCAAAUGAGAGGAGAGUAUUUGUUCGGAUUCGGAGCCGUGCCUCUGAAGUGUCCCGAAGCUCAGGGUGCUGUCACCGAGUACACGUGCCCCGAGCGUCCCCUGCACGACCAGAAGCAACUGGUGGAAAUGUUCAAAAGUUCAGAGACUGAUGCGCGUCUUCAACACCUUACCUCCACUCGGACAUCUGUGGAUGAGCAGAACUAUACACUAGUGUGCGAGGCUGAUGACAUAAAUUCAGAAGGGAUAGAUCAUCUGGACAGAGCGCGUGCCGCCUCUUGUUCUUAUGCCACAUCCGCGCCAGGCAACUUGGCACACUUCGGUCAGACGGCUACAGAGCGACCGUGCCUAGUUUACAAGCCACCCGAUGAAACGAUUAACUUUGGGGAAGCCAUGGAGAACAAGUUCGGGGGUUAUCAGCCAGAACAAUACAGCGUCAAAGUGGAAUGUGAGGACACCGGUGAAUCUGCCGGGGUAUUGUGGGGCAGUAAUUAUACCUUUAAUGAGAAGUACAACACUCAGUGUUGGGGCUCGAGGCAGUGCAUGGAUGUGCAGAGCACAGGGGCCAACACCGCGUUCAUUUGUAAUCCAUAUGAAAGGAGCGUCAUCCGUCCUGAGCAGUGGUACCCUGGCGGGAUGCUGAGGCCGCCUUAUCCCAACCCCAACUACGUGAAGACUGAAGUUGGCGAAUGGCUAGAUGGCACCUACGAUGACACCAGGUUUGAGGCUGGCAGAGAGCACAUGUUUCCCAUGGAGUUCUUCUUUCCACCACAGAGGAUGUGCCUGAUCUGUUCAGACGAGGCAUCUGGCUGCCAUUACGGUGCGCUCACCUGUGGCAGCUGCAAGGUUUUCUUCAAAAGAGCUGCAGAAGUAGGCAAACAGAAAUACCUGUGUGCGAGCAAAAACGACUGCACCAUUGAUAAGCUAAGAAGAAAGAACUGUCCGUCUUGUCGGCUGAAGAAGUGUUUUGAAGCUGGAAUGACUCUCGGAGCACGUAAACUGAAGAAGAUUGGACAACAGAAAAACCCUGAAGAGGAUCAUCCUCUUCAGGACCCUUCAGAGGUCAUCCAGAAUUUCUCUCCUAAAUCAGGCCUGAACUUCAACUCCCAGCUGGUCUUCCUCAACAUCCUGGAGUCCAUUGAACCCGAGGUGGUGAAUGCAGGGCACGACUACGGCCAACCAGACUCAGCUGCCAGCCUGCUCACCAGCCUCAAUGAGCUGGGAGAGAGACAACUGGUCAAAGUGGUCAAAUGGGCAAAAGGACUGCCAGGUUUUAGAAAUCUCCAUAUGGACGACCAAAUGACUGUUAUUCAACAUUCAUGGAUGGGGGUGAUGGUGUUUGCCCUGGGAUGGAGGUCCUAUAAGAACGUCAAGGGCAGGAUGCUUUACUUCGCCCCAGAUCUUGUGUUCAAUGAACAUCGGAUGCACAUUUCCUCCAUGUAUGAGCACUGCAUACGGAUGAGACAUCUUUCACAGGAGUUCCUGCUGCUGCAGAUUACUCAGGAAGAGUUCCUCUGCAUGAAGGCCUUGCUCCUCUUCAGCAUUAUUCCAGUUGAGGGUCUCAAGAGUCAGGAGUGCUUCGAUGAAUUGCGUCACACUUACAUCAACGAACUUGAUCGUCUCAUUAACCAUCGUAUGGCAACCAAUUGUCCUCAGAGGUUCUACAAGCUCACCCGACUCUUGGACUCUCUCCAGAUGACGGUAAAGAAGCUUCAUCAGUUUACAUUUGACCUUUUUGUCCAGGCUCAGUCGCUCCCCACGAAGGUCAGCUUUCCAGAGAUGAUCGGAGAAAUAAUCUCAGUACAUGUUCCAAAGAUGCUGGCAGGUUUGGCUAAACCGAUUUUGUUUCAUGAGUAGACAGAUUUUUUAUUUAUCAACAAGUGACUCAUCUUUGCUGCCUCCAUAAACUUUAAUGAAGUUACUGUUUCCCCACAUCAAGUGUCUGACCUGUAACAAUUAUUUUGUUGUUCAAGUUCUUUUGAUCAUUUUAGCCAUAAUAGAGAUUGUUUGUUCAGAACUGCUAAAGCUUUUAUCUGAAGCGCUGCGAGGCAUCACCUGAGUGGAGAGUUUGUGUUUUCAGCCGGAGCAGAGAUGCUACUUUACAUAUGCAGUAAGUCAUGAUUACAGCAAUCUAAAAGUAGCAGUAGGUUUUGCAUGUGACCUUCAUUAUACAUACACUUAUCAAGAAAAAUAAAUACUAAAAAAACAAGAUAUGGCCCAAAGAGCAGAUGAGAAUUGGAUCACAGAAAUAAACAAAUACUUGUUUUACCAUCAACUUACCAACAUCUGUUUUUCUAAGUGCUGCCUUCAGGUGCACCUAUUAAAGCUGUUACUUUUUAAGAAUGAUAAAUACAACUUGGGAGGCAUUUAAGUGCUUACGUGCCUUAAAAUCAGAAAUGUAGACAAACUAACUUUCUAACAAAUGGGCAAGAUCCAUUGCUGCGACAAUCAUUGUAGAUAUGGUAAUCAAGUAUUCCAACUGUAAAACACGAAUUUGAAGUGCUACAUCAUACUUUGUGCACAGUGAACCUAAAAUAUUAGAUUGUCCUGCUGUGUGAAUGUACAGUAGUUUUAGUGCUGCAGGUGGGUAAUUAAAGAGCUGUUUUGCUGAUUCAAAUCCAGCUCUGUAUCAUUGCAGUGUGGGCAGGGUGUGCAAAUGAACGUUGUGUGGCUUGGCAGCGCUCGGAGCUCUGAGCAGCCAGGGUCUACUGAGAUCCGCCGUGAAAUACAUUGCCCUUGUUUGACUGAGCCAAUGCAGUACAAUGCAGACAUCUCUAGAACACACUGCAUGCUUAUUGUCUUUCUGCACUUAAAACCUUUCUCCUCACAUUGGCAGCAAAUGUGUAGAGCUGUUUUCGUAACGUUCACUCAAUUAAUAGCACUAACUUAUCAAUAUGUAGAGGGUCAAUUUGUUAAAGCAGUUGAAAUUGGAGAAACGUUGACUGGUAGUUUGUUAGGAAGAUUCAUUUCUCCACAGCACAGCUACAAAACUAUUGAUAACUUAAUAUUCAUAAUGAAACUUUAUCACAUCAUGCACUUUUGUGCAUGCCAAACAUGUAUGUUUAGAUAUAGUCCCUUCAAAAAGUAUCAAAAUCCCCUUUAGAUUCUUUUUUGCAUUUACUAUAAAGCAUAUAAAAGCAAAGCAUAGGCAUGUGAUAAAUAACAAGCUUUAAGCAAAAGACUCCUUGAUAAAACUAAAACUAAGUUGUCUGCACUUAGCGCCAUCCCUGAUAGAGAACAUAGUGUUGGCAGCGUCAUGAUGUGUGCGGCUGGUUGCAGUAGCAGGAACUGGGAGUCUUGUAGGGACACAAGGAAGAGUGCAUGGCACCAAAUACAGGCAAACACUGACUGAGAACUUGAUUCAAAGUGCCAGCAAUCUUAGAUUAGGGCAGGAAUGUUACAACAGGACAACAAAUAGAAACUUACAGCCAACUUAUAACUGGAAGGGCUUCAGAUGAAGAAUGUGAAAGGUCCUUGACUGGCCCUGCCAAACCUCUGAGAUGAAAACCAAGAAAGAAAAUCUGUGGAUGCCUUGAAGAUAACUGAUCAAAGACACUUGAGUAAAACUGUUGAAAAGUAUUUAUUUAUGGGGUUGAAUACAUUGAACAGUUUUUGUAUUUUAUUUAAAAAACAUAAACCAAAGUGGUGAAACCUAAGGCACUUUGCCUGGUCUACUCGAUGCAGAGUUUAGAUUACACUGAAAUGUAAAUGAACCAGAAGUGUAGCAGAUCAACGUGUUUAUGACAAUCCAACACAAACAAAACUUCAAAUUCACUUCUGUGGUAGACUACAUUCUGCAACAGUGUUUUAUAACUCUGUAAACAAUUCAACAUUCCUUUCAGACAUUUGUAGAUGCAUGCAUCAUGGUUUUGUGUAAAUGUAUGCAUAAUUUUUAGCCUUACACAAAGCAAUGCAUGGACAUCCAUGUAUCUCUCCAAGUACAUGUUUAUUCUAUACUGACUAACAGCGUCAUCAUUAUUCAAUGCAUGGGACAUCUGUCAGAUACCAUUUUGUUGUACAGUGAUACGUUGACUAUAACUAUAGUCAGUUUCACAGUGUUUUGUAACUGAUAUAUUCAUUCAAGUUCAAUUGAGCGUUUAGGGUACUUUACUUCAUUUGCAGAAAUUAAUGUCUUCAUUGCGACUUUUUAUACAAUAUUUGUGAACAGAAAUAGGGAAGAAAAUUCAAGUUCAGGUGAUCCAUGAGACUUGACCCCACCACAACAGCUAAUUACAGCCCACCCUGACAUUUGAAUACCAUGUGUCUGCUGUCAUUUGAGAAAGCAGCAGUUCAGUGUAAAGUUGAAACUACACAUACAUUUAAUUAAACAUGAUAAGAACCCAUAUUAUUGCAUGUACAAAAACAGUACAAUGAUUCUGAGUAUCAGUAUGUUAAGUAAGCACAUAAUGCUUCAUUUUUUAUCAUAUCAAAAAAUUCAGAAAUAGAUAUUUAUCGAGCCUUAUUACUUUUCCUGAUUGCACUAUAAGACUGUUGUUGCAGUUAACAUUUUGUUUCUCUUUAUCCUUGAAAUUAACGCUGGUUCUAAAUAAUGUAAUUUGUUUUACGCUUCUUUAGCUUUAUUAUGCAUUACAUAUGGGGAGUUUGAAGGCACUGGCAGUGCCAGUGGCCACACACCUUAAUGAGCCACUUAGUUGCCCUGUACAUUUUUAAUACUAAUAUGAUUUAAUCACAGUAGGCUACAGUGUUUGUAUUAUAUAGCUGGUAUGUGCCCAAUGUACUGCAUAUUAACCUGGUUCUUUGUACAUGCUACAGUAACUGUAUAUAUUGAUUAGUUUAAUGUCUGUUUUGGUGUCCCAACACUUGACUUUUAAAGUCAUCUAUUUUAUGAUUUAUACCUUUUGUGACUUGUGUUUUUUAAUGUGUGUUUUUGAAAGGCGUUAAGCUGCAUCAUCUUUUAAAGGCAAUUAAAAUAAUUCUGACUA